ACGUUAAUUCUCUCAAAGAAUCCCAAACUCCCGGCCAAUCAGGGCAAAGCUAACAGAUUGAAAGAACAGAAGACAGUUGUCUCUUUCUAUGUCAACAAAUAUUUUCCCGCUCUCUCGGCGCUCUUGUGAUUAUUUUCGUAUUAUUCCAUAGACAUAAUAAUAUAUUAUGCUUUAUUAAGUCUAUGUAUUAUUCUCAGAGACUGAUUCUGAUUCUCUGCUAUUCUUCUGAAUUCAAAGUGGUUAUUGAAUAACGUUGAGAUAAUUAUUGUAAUUCGCAAAAACACAAAUUGUGACAUUUAGUUACCAAUCGUCUGGACAAAGCAAUUUUGAUUGCUGAAUUCAAGUGAACAACAUCAAACAUGGACCAGCAAAAUGAACACCUCGUUUGUCACCUAUGUGGAAAACAAUUUUCCAGUGUGUCGAACAAAAAUCGGCACCUGAAAAAAAUGCAUAACCAAGCACUUGGAGGAAAAAAAACAAAGCAUGUUAAAUGCCCACUUUGCUCUGACGAGGAUAAAAUAUCAUUUGGAUCCCACGAACAUUUGAUAGAUCAUUUGGAGCAGAUGCAUUCUUUGGAAAUCCAACAGUCGAGCCAUCAUUUUGAAAACAAGGAAGAUUUUGAGGCUUGGAGAUCUCUUUCCAACAGGAAUGUAGAUUAUAUUUUAGAACGAGCAGUUAAAACUAAUUCUGCUCAAGAAUAUAUUUAUUAUAACUGCAAUCGUAGUAAUACUAUAGAAUAUGUGAGUCAGUGUAGCCAACGAAAUAUGAAGAAGGGAGGCAGCAUUAAGAUAUCUGGAUUAUGUCCAUCAAAAAUUUCUGUUAAAAUUAACAGUUCUGGAGUAGUGGUUAAAUAUAUCGAGACACAUGUUGGUCAUAAUGAUGAACUUCGAUCUAAACGUCUCUCCAAUACUCAGCAGGAAAUGCUCGCAAACAAACUUGUUGCCGGAGUAACUAAGGAAAGCGUUCUUGAAGAUGCAAGGUUCAUCAAUGAAGGAAAAUUAGAAAGAAUGAAUAUUUUAACAAGAGGAGAUCUCUCAUAUAUCAUUCGAAAAUUCAAUAUAAACAAAAAGCGACAUGCAGAUGAUAUGACAGCAACAGCCUUAAAAGUGGAAGAAUUGAACAGUCAAGAUGAAAACACAGAAUCUCAAAAUACUGUUUCCAUUGAUCCUAGUACCAAGCGUGAGACUGUAUUGAAAGAUACAUUCCUGAAAUUAAAAUCAUUGGAUGAUGAAGAAUUUUAUAAGAUGGUAGAGAUUAUCAAUAAAACUUAUAAUAGUUCUCAAGCCAAAAAGACCCAAAGAGUAGAAAAAAGGAAAAUAGAAAAGCAAUUAUAUUAUCCUAACAGAAAGUAGAAUAUUAUAAAUGUUGGUGAUGGAAUAUUAUUCACAUUUAUAACUACUCUUGUAGUAAGUUUGUGAAUGCAACCUUGGAGAAUAAUGCUAUAGUACAUGCACUGUUGCUUCCCAUGAGUUAUGCAGAUUUCUGUUUUGUGAAACAAGUAAAUGUAAUUGACUCGUACUUCUUGGAUAUUCUAUUGAUCAUUGUAGAAAAUAAAGAAUGAUAACUUUUUAA